AUGCCUAGUCCAGUGAGUGAUGCCACUUCUACUACUAGCUCCUCCAACGAUCCUGAUGGCGGUUCGUCAUCUGUGGAUGAUUGCGACCUAAGGAUAAAAGCGUUGGAAAAAGAACUCGAGAGUCUCCAACGGAAACUGGUUUCCCAUGAGAUGGUUAUACAGGAACUUUGUGGUAUCGGCGUUGAAUGGAAGCGGACGCAACCGAGCGGUGGUGAUGGUCGUGAAAAAGUUAAUCGUGUUCCCUCACCUGAAGAGCUCCGACAAGCUGUUGUUGUCAUAGCAGAGGAGUUGACGCUCAAGAGGAAGAUUCUGUACGCCCAGUGGAGUUACUCCUCCGAGUUGGCGACCUUUUAUAGCGCUAUGGUUGAUAACGGGAUGGAUUUGCCUCCACUCGAAGAGUUAAGUUCAAAGUUCGGCCAAGUAUUUGUUUUCGCAGCAUCAGUGAUUGAACGCUUGUUGCGAACAGUCGUGUGGGUUCUGUUUGCCGCGAUGCUCGGGUACGGAAUUUUGAGGCGUCUGAGGUCCGCACCAGAAGAGGGAGACCCUCGAGAUGGUAUAGAGGUAGCCGCGUCUGAUUUGUCUAUGGCCGAGUCUACAGAAACAGAAAAAUUAGAACGAAAAGUUUCAGAGUUUUCGAGACGUAGUCGAUCGAGAGACUCAGCCGUGGUGCAGCGAAUGCUCACUGACUCUUCAUAUUGCAAGGGUGUCCGUGGUAUGGACAAGGGACGUGGUGAAAUGCCGGUGGUGGGAUUUGAACCUGGGUUGGCUCAAUGGGAAGUAGAGGUCAUGUGCUCUACCGCCAGGCUAGAGGUUCUCUGGAGCGUGCCGAGGCACGUCAAUAUGCAUGUGAUAAGGUUCUCACUCAGCGGUGCCUAUCAUAAGGUCUUCGCGAACGCGCCGUGUCUAUUUGAUAGAAUCAUACCAAAAGGUCUACCCGCAAAGACUCUGCGUAAACUAAAGGAAAACAUGUGGUAUACCUGCUGGCACACCUUCACUAGCUGCUAUGGUUUCUAUGUCGUCUCCCACGAGGCAUGGUUCAGCUUCAGCAGAUUGCUCACGGACCCUGUCGGGAUGCUCUUCGUUGACCCUGGUGUUCACGACCGUUCUAUCGGGUUAGAGCGUUACUACUUGGUUGAGAUAAGCUUCUGGUGCAGCUGCCUGGCUUUCAUCAUGAUCGAAACGGUUCGCAAGGACUUCUACCAGAUGUUUUUCCAUCAUCUCAUAACUAUUAGUUUGAUGAUCGGAAGUUUCUACCUUAAAUAUCAUCGUAUUGGCCUUACUGUGAUUUUCCUACAUAAUAUCAGCGAUGUGCCUCUUUACGUUGCAAAAACUGUGGGUUACCUCGCGGAAAAAUAUGAAUGGUUGAAGACUCCGACCGAUCUCGCCUUCGCCAACUUCGCGUUCGGUUUCCUUUUCUCGAGGUUAUAUGUGUACCCGAGAAUCUGCGUUAUUCCGGCGUGCACUUAUGCUAUCGAGUAUAAACGCCCGUUGAAGGACUGUAUGCUGGCUAUAUUCCUAGUGCUGUUGCAGUGCUUGCAUAUCAUCUGGGGUAGUAUGAUUAUCAAGAUGAUUUUCAAGACGAUCAAACACCAUGGUGUUCUCGCGGAUGGUGAUAUUCGCAGUGACGAUGAAGAGAGCACGCCAAAGGGCGAGGAACCGAUCGCCCACAAGAAGAAGGUGCAGUAG